AUGUAUCAGGGGCGGACUGACUGUUUGGAAACUCGGGCACUGCCCGAUGGCCCGGGGUCAGUAGGGGGCCCCAUGAGAUGCCCCUGGUACCUUUUUCAUAGGCUUUCUUGAGUUUGGGCAAGGACACAGGGGCCCCAUGAUCCCCUAUUGCCCGGGGGCCCCAUGAGUUGUCAGUCCGCCCCUGGUAUGUAUUCACUCGCUUGUCAAAAUCACUGCCGCUGUCACUACUCCUUUCAGCCAUCUAACAAAAAGCGCCCCCAUCCCUACUGUAAGCCAUUGCGCCCGGGGCGGCCGUUC